AUGGAGAACUAUGCGGCGUUGCGCGACCAACACCUGCAGGGACGGUUGCUCCAACUAUUCGAGCGUGCUGGAACAAAUACCCUUCAACUACACCUAGUUGGGCGCCACACGCACAUUACCAUUGAGCCAGAGAACAUACAGACUAUCCUAGCCACUGACCAAAAGAAGUGGAACUUGACUAGCCAAAGGAAGGGCGGCCUGCAUCCUCUACUGGGGAAAGGGAUCUUCACUACAGAUGGACUUGAAUGGCAGCACUCACGAAGGACACUCCGGCCAUAUUUCGAUCGCUCGCAAGUCAGGAACUUCGUGUCGCUAGAGAAGCAUGUCUCGCGCCUCCUUGCCAAGAUUCCCCGCAACGGCGAUACCGUGGAUCUCAGCGAGCUCUUCUUUCGCUUAACUCUGGAUUCAGCUACUGAGAUGCUAUUUGGCGAGUCAACUGAUGUCGUCUCCGAGGCCAGGGGCAAGCGUUUCGCAGAAUCUUUUGCACGGGCGCAGGCAGAUGCAGCUAAACGCUCCCAGCUAGGCUGGCUGUAUAAUUUGAUGCCCCAGUCAAGGAACGCCAAAAGAGACACUGAGUUCGUUCAGGAUUUCGUCGACCAUUACGUCGAAAAAGGACUCUCCAGGUAUUCCCAGCUGAAGAAUGGCAACCGAGACGUGGAAGACACGCAGCGCCCCGUGGUUCUGGAGGGACUCGUUCGGCAAACCGACGAUCGUGUCCGCAUCCGGAGCGAGUUACUCAAUAUCCUCCUCGCAGGUCGGGACACCACUGCAUCGCUUCUAACCAAUAUCUGGUUCAUACUUAGCAAGCGGCCGGAUUUGUGGCGCAAGCUUCAGGAGGAUGUCGCUACUUGA